UAAUAGUUACAAGUGAAGUUGAUGCUAGAAGUGAAACAAGAACAAGAAGUGCAAGAAAAGUGAAGAAAAAAGUAGAUGAAGAUUUUGAGUAUUACGAAUCAGAAAAGUUUAACAGGAAAACUUUAGUAGAUUCCAAACAAAACCAAAAUCACAAGAAAAAGGUUCUAGUGAAAGAAAAAAAUGCGGAAAAUGUCAGCAACGCUGAAAAUUUAUCUAAAUCAGAAUACAUAGGACCUGACCCUGAAAAUGUGAAAGACACUGCAGAUACUGAUAUUGGUGAUGAAGUGCAGUGUACUAUUAUUACAGACAUAAAAUGUUUUGUAUGUAAUUUGUCAUUUUCUGAAAGAGAAACCUAUGUCAAGCAUAUCAAAAAAUUACACAAAACACUCAUUCCGUGUGAGUAUUGUGAUGUUUCUUUUCAAACCAAAGCUGAAAUGUGGGAACAUUUGAAAGAAUCACACAAUGUAGAUAUCAAAGAAGGAAAAUAUAAGUCAUCUGUAUUCAGGUGCACAUUUGAAAAUUGUUCAAUGGAAUUCAGUCGAGAGAAAAACCGGCAAAGGCAUAUUAAUAGUGUUCACUUGAAAAUACAUUAUCAGUGUAAAUUUUGUGGAGUUCGCUAUAAACAAAUAGAUUCUCUAAAAAAUCAUUUAAAAGUUAAACAUGACAUUGAGUUGACAGACAUACAGUUGGAUAAAUGUGUGAUAGAUAGGAAAACACCCUAUAAAUGCCCCUAUGAAGAAUGUUCAAAACAAUUUAAUCAUAUAUCUAACUUUAAAAAGCAUAUAGAUGCUGUUCAUUUAAAUCUGAGAAAUUUCCAGUGUGAAUUUUGUGAACAGCGUUUGAAGACGUCUAGCUCUCUGAAGUUUCAUAUUGCUGCCCGUCAUACAAAAGAUGAUGACAAAAAACUUUACAAAUGUGAUGUUUGCAGUAAAACAUUCCUCAGAAAGGGGAGUCUACAGCUUCAUGAAACUCUGCAUACAAAUGCCAAAAAUUACUCCUGCAGCUUUGAUGGGUGUGGAAAAUUAUUCAGAUUAAAGAGUAACUUGACCAAGCAUCAGAAGAUUCACAAUGAUGUGAAACCUCACCAAUGUGAAGUUUGUGAGGAGAGAUUCAGUAGAAAGACUUACCUAGAGACCCAUAUGUAUAAACAUACAGGUGUAAAAGACUAUAGCUGUGAUAUUUGUCAAAAGUCCUUCUCACAGAAAGGCAACCUGAUGACCCACAAAUUACUCCACAACCGAGAAAGAACUAUCUACAAGUGCCCCAGAUGCUCACAGGCAUUUAAUUUCAAGUCUAAUAUGAAAAAACAUCUACAGAGGCAUUCAACACAUGUGGUUAUGAACAGAAUAUUUAACAAAAACUUUGAAGAAACUGAAAGUGAAGGAAGAGCCAGCAAGUGCACUGGGAGUUCCCCUUCUCAAACUUGCUCGAAUGAUACUGAGACAGUUUCAGAAACAGUUAAAAUGAAAGCAAAUGUAAGUACUGAACACAAAGGAAACUUUGGGGCAUUUACCCCUAACAAAAUAUGGCUAACUCCAAAUGUUUUGAGUACACUUCAGAAUGGUGCUAAGGCAGUCGUUCUUGUAAUGAAUCCUUUUAAAAAUUCCCUGGAUGCUAAAGGUCAAGGGAAAGACAUGAACACUGUCACAGAAGAAAACAUUGUUGACAACGUUACAAUGGAAAGUGAUAAAGGAGGCUCCAAUUAUUGUUCAGUUUUGAAACCUCCACAGCAGAGGUCAGUUGCAUGUAGUACUGGACAGAAAUCGAAUGAGAUCCAAGUAGAUUCAGUAAAUGAUAAAUCAGAUAGACUACAUGCUGAACAAGAGACUGUUGCUAUAUCUGAUAAUUUACCAGGUUUUAGCACUACAGAAGAACAUGGAAAUGAUAUUAAAAGUGUAGGGCAUGACACCAGUAACCCUGUGUAUGUGUGUAUUGAAGACGUAACACACCAACUUUCAAUGGCAUCAAAAGCUGAGAAUGAAAUGUCCAAUUUUCCAAAAUCUCGGGUAAAACGUCCUGUAUUGGCGGAAAAAAAUCCCACUUUUACAAUCGAAUUUGACAGUAAUGGUAUGCCAAUUGCUAGGUUGAAGGAAAUAGAACAGUUGUCAGGCAGUAAUAGUUCCUGUGUAGUGCUUAAUUCUCAACAGACUGCAAGUGAAAUGGCCAAGUCUGAACAUAUAGUUAAUGACAUUGUGGAAGUAACAAGUGAAACAGACAAGUGUGUGGAAACAACUGGUGAACUUGUAGCAAUUAAUGAUUCUAUACUAAAUGUCUCAGCCGAAAAUCCAGGCAUAGAGAUUGAAAGAGGACAUGUUUCUAAUUUGCCACCAACAGAAACUGAAACUGUUUCAAAGACAAUAGAUAAGCGUGAUUGUGGUGACAUGCAUGAGAUAUCUUGUCAGAAUUUAAAUACUGAUUUUCAGGAGGAUAUAAAUGUAGAUAGUCCGACAGUUACAAGCUCUUACAAUCAGAAUAAUCAUUCUUUGCUAAACCAUCAUACCCAAUAUUCUGCUGUUGGGAACAUGUCUAUACCAUUUAGUGCCAGCGAUAUACCUAAACAACUAAAUUUAAGAUAUCCUAUAAGUAAUCCACUGUCAGCAGAGUCAGAAAUUUUUAAUAACAGUAAUGCUGUAGGUGAUGUUUUAUCAAAUACAGAUGAAAGGAACGAAUUGCAAACUUCAGAUAACUCGGACUUUGCUGUAAAAACUGAUUUAGUAGUUACUGAGGUUAAUCAUUUAAUUGUAACUAAGGAAACAGAUGAGGAAACUCCUGUUGAAAACUUUUAGAUAAUUACAAUUUUAUAUAUUGAAAGCACAACCAAACUGAUACCUCUAAUAUUUAUAUAAGGCAAAUCAAUUGUUUAAAAGUUGAAAUUUAUUUGAAUUCAAAUGAAUUGGUUUUAUUUGAAAUGUAAUGAUCUCUGUGUA